UCUUAUUAUUAAAUUACGAUCAAUACAAUGGAAUAAGAUAUAUGCAGAUAGAUAUUCUGGUGAUUUUCUUUUCAAAUGAAACCAAAAGUUGACUUUUCUUUCUCAGCGAAAAAUUAGUGCAAUGAAUAAAAUGAGCAUUUUAGUAAAAUGUGAAUCUUUGAUGACCUUCAAACGUUUCGAAUUGAUCAAUUAUUUGUCUGGAAUAAGCAAAAACACCUAGGGGGACAGAAGACAUUUUUAUCAACAUUUCUAAUUGUGACAUGUUUGACAAUUUUCUAAUGAGCAAACAUCCAACCCCGCCCCUUCUUCAUAUGCGCAAAUUGCAUUCUUUUCUUAGUUAAUAAAAGUAUAUAUCUAAACAGUUAAGUAGAUUUGCAUUAGCCGUUUGCCAUAUAGUCACACUACAUUGCUAAAAUCUAUUUUAAGAGGGAUACCUGACAGUUUUAGUGGGUGCAACUUUACCUGGUAGGAGUUCUGGUAUUAUUUAACAAUUUUAAAGAAUAUAAACUUGCGACAAGUUUAAAUCGUACCUCGAAUAGUACAUAAUCUUGCACAAUACAUGUCUUUUGUAUAUUUUAGCCACAAUGGCAAUGGCAGCUGAAAAGUCAACUUGUAACAGACUACUUGUAGCAGCUAUAGACUUCGGAACCACUUACAGUGGGUAUGCUUUCUCGUUUAGUAACAAGCCAAACGAUAUACACACAAACCCAAACUGGGUAGCUGGUUCUCAGCAACUAAUAUCACUGAAAUGUCCCUCUACUGUUCUACUUAAACCCGACAAGACGUUUCAUUCGUUUGGAUUUGAGGCUGAAAAUAAGUAUAUGGAUUUGGCGGAUGAUUCCAAACACCACAGCUGGUACCUUUUUCGGCGUUUCAAAAUGACACUCUAUGAAACAACAAAUUUGAAACUUGACACUCCUAUAGAAGACAUAUCGGGAAAAAAUAUGCCAGCCAUAGCUAUAUUUGCUCAUUCAAUUUUAUUUCUAAAGAAUCAUCUUUGGAAAACAUUGCAGUCAAGAGUAUUUAAAAUCCUUGAAACUGACAUUCAGUACGUGAUUACAGUUCCGGCCAUUUGGGAUCCAAAGGCAAAGCAAUUCAUGAGAAGGGCAGCUUAUAAGGCCGGAAUUCCAAACGAACAAAUAUCAUUUGCCCUUGAACCUGAAGCAGCGUCACUUUGGUGUCAGACUGAAACAGAUGACAAGCUCAGUAGUCUCUCAGAGCCAUUAACCAAAUAUAUGGUCGUAGACUUAGGAGGAGGAACAGCUGAUAUAACAGUACAUCAGAAAAUGGACGAUGGAAGUUUGAAGGAGAUACAGAAAGCAAGUGGAGGAGCAUGGGGCGGGAAUGAAGUUGAUAAGAGCUACUUACAAUUGCUUGAAAAUAUAGUGCAGGCAGCGACAAUGAACAAAUUUCAGCGAGAAGAAAUGAAUGACUAUUUUGACCUUCUUCGAGAGUUUGAGACAAAGAAAAGAUCGAUAACGAGAAACAAUGAAGGGAAAAUAACAUUCAAACUCCCUCUAUCACUGUGCAAACUCGCUGAAUUAGAUGGGAUCAAAAUUGCUACAAAAAUAGAAAGGUCACACGAUAAGAAAAAAUACAGCUGGAUUGGAGAUAAAUUGAGAAUUGAGAAGAUUGCCGCAAAAGCCUUAUUUGCUCCUCCGAUAGAAAAGCUUUUGAACCAUGUUAAAAAUAUGUUUGAGCAACCAGAAAUACAAGAUGUUGAUGCUAUACUUCUUGUUGGCGGGUUUAGCGAGUGUGAUCUCGUGACAGAAGCAUUUGAACAAAGCUUCCCUGACAAAAGACUCCUGAUUCCAAAGGAAGCAGGUCUAGCUGUACUUAAAGGAGCCGUUCGCUUCGGUCAUCAUUUGGGUGCAUUUAAAACGAGAAUUGCAAGGUUCACUAUUGGAAGACAAAUAUGCCCCGUGUUUGAAAAACAUCACGACCCAGCUAGAAUGAUUAUAUUUGAUGGAGUGAAGCAUUGUAAACAAAUCUUUCACAAAUAUAUUGAAAUUGGAGAGGAAAUUCCCGUACAAAUGAUGCAUGAAGAGAAAAGUAUGGCAGUUCAUGCAAAUCAAGAAAAUAUAGGGAUUAAAUUUUUUAGUUCUACAAAUCGUCAUGUUACUUAUACAACAGAGCCGGGAUGUCAAAAAUUGGGAAAAUUUAAAGUUGAUUUGCCGAAAUCAAAAAGCAUAUCUGACAAAGAAUUUACCCUUUAUUUAUAUUUUGGGGAAACUGAAAUACACGUUCGUGUGAAGAUGAGUAAAACAAAUGAAGAGUUUGAAAAAUGGAUUGACUGCUUCUCGAAAUAAUUUUGAUUAUUUCCUGUCGUAAAGGAAGUACAUGUAAAAAACAAAGUAAAUGUCGUUUGUUUAAUUGAUACAUAGUAAUAUUGAUUAUCACAUUAUUUGGUGUUGAAAUGGAAAAGUCAAAAUUGAAAAUGUUGUGGGCUUGGUUUAAUUGAGCCUGUUCAUGUACUAUACUGGAAAGUGCAAGUUACCAUCCACGUACCAUAGCACAGGCUUAAGCAGAAUGGAAUAUUAAAGAUGAACUGGAUGAAAUCUUGUUUGGAUCUAGAAGCAACACAUUAGACAUUUUAUAUCAAAGCUCUUUAUAUAGAUAUGAUUCGAAAUAUAUAUUGAUAAAGUGACCGACUUUUGUGUUACUGUUAAAGAAAUAUGACUUAUCAAUUAAACAAAAUCAUUUAGUAUAAUUAUAAUUUAUCCUAUAUUUUAUUUAAGAUGAAACACAUUA